AUGUUCGGAUGGACAGGGCCGUCGUCUACUCUCGUCCUCCGGUGCUCCUGCGGUCCGACGCUAACCCACCUCCAUCCUCGAUUCCUCCAUGAGUUAUGGAUAAUGAAGAUAUCACUGUUGACAAUAAUGUGGAGGGUGACAAUGAAGAAAGUGAAAGUGAUGAUUCAGUUAAAGAAGUUGCAGCACCAAAUGACUCUCAAGGAGUUGAAACCUGAUGUGGUUGAAGCUUUGGUUUGUACUAGGGAUUGGUUGUUUGGAGAAAAAGAUGAUUUGAAUGUGGCUGUUGACAACCUAACCCAAAAUGUAAUGAAUUUGAACAUCAACGAAGACAAUACGGAGGCUACAAAUUCCAAACGUACUUUAGGCUGUCAUUUGGUUAUCUUGAAGAAGUCGAUGUUGGAGGAAGAAAUGGAAAUUGUAGCAUGAACAAACUAUCGCAUUUGAUUUUUGGAUAUGUUUGAACAAUUACACUUUGCAUGGAUGUGUUGAUUUUCAAUUUUAUAACUUUAUGUUUAUGACUUUAUGUUGAAUGUUUAAGACUUUAUAACUUCAUUUUAUUUGUAUUUUUCAAUUUCAUUUUAAAA